GUUCUUGGGAAUAGGAGUAAAGGUUUUGGUAUCAGAGGAAUGCAAGAAUCAAAGGGGAGGCAUGCGUGCAAGUGGCCGAGAGCAGUCAUCAAAAUCAUCUGUGAAUCUGUCCUGCUGGCUAAACAGGAGCUUCUAUGGUUUGCAUUAUAAUAUAGUCCUUUUACAAAACCACUCAAUAAUCAGUAGCAGCAGCUCUUCAAACUCUUCAAUCAGGACACAGAUUCUGCUGAAUACUUUGGGGAGACAGACAUUUCAAUGCAAUUUCCAACAAGGAGUGAAGUCAUGGCUCAUAUGUGGAAUUUAUGUUGAUGUUGGAAUUGCUCCAGAUCAGCCAAAAAAUGUAUCCUGUGCUCAGUAUGGAAAGUAUGGACGUACCAUUUGUUCUUGGGACAGAGGACAUUAUACUUAUCUGUAUACUACCUAUACAUUACAGCUAACAAAUGAAAUCCCCGAUGGAACAGUUUUGGAAGAAAAAAUUAGCACUACAAAUUACUCAGUAGAUCUCAGGAAAAAGCUGGACUUUGAAACUAUUUAUACAGUUGUGGUCAAAGCCACAAAUAAACUAGGGAGCAAUUCUUCUGAACCAAUGCAGUUCACAUUAAUAGACAUUGUGAAGCCUCACCCUCCUGCGGAUCUCUCAGUAAACUGUGAUGCGUUUGCUCCCCAAAAUUGCACCAUUUUAUGGCAAGAUCAACAAGAAACCCAAUGCUUUAGAUUGAGAUACCAACCAAUCCACAGUAAUUCCUGGAUUACGCUUGAAAAUCUAAAUGCUAGAAGGUAUGAUCUUCAUGACCUAAAGCCCAGGAUGAAAUAUGAGUUCCAGGUUUCCUGCAGGCUCCUUCCAGAUAGAGGUUUAUGGAGUGACUGGAGCCUAGCAUUUCAAACAGAAGCAGUGCCAUUCGAACCCACUGAUGUCUGGUAUUUAAAGAAGGAGAUCUCUUCCAAAAUGCAGAACAUUACUCUUUUCUGGAAGUCAAUGAAUGCAUCAGAAACAAUAAGCAAAAACUGUCAUUACCAAGUGGUAUUUCAGAUCCUCAACCAGAUGCCACCUAGAGCUGCAGAAAUUUUUGUGACCACCAACACUGUUUUCUCACAAGUCUCCCUUAAGGCAGAUUAUAACAUAACACUUAAUUCUCAGAAUUCACGGGGAGUAUCCCCAUCUGUCUAUAUCACCACAAAACUAGGAAUUACAGAACUGCCACCGCCUAACCAUGUUUUAACUACAUCAGUGGACAAUGACAGCAUCAUUGUUAAAUGGGAAGCACCUUUAGCACCAUCAUCUUUCAUCAAUGGAUAUGUAGUUGCAUGGGUAGAGCUCCAUCGACACUAUCACAUGAAAACCUUCCCAACAUGGUUUAAAAUUCCUUUUUCUAAUUGUACAGUAAUAAAAGAGAACUUAAAGCCUAAUGUAUGCUACCACAUCAGCGUGUUUGCGCUCUAUCAGGACAGAGCUGGAAAAGCAGCUGUGACCACAGAAAAUAUAUCAGCAAAAGCCCCAUUAACAGGACCUCGCAUUAUGAAUGUAACUGUGGGAGAUGGGAGCAUUUUGGUCUCCUGGAGAGAAGUCCCAGCACAUCAGCAAAUGGGGUGUAUCACUAGUUACAAGAUUUAUUUGCAGAAACAGCUCUUCUCUGUACCCCCAGAAGUCCAUGAGAUCUCUAAAACAGCCCAACAACCAUUUUCUAUAGAAAGCAUAGAGGCUGGUGCUUCAUAUGUUAUUUGGAUGACUGCUUCCACAAAUGCCGGAGAAAGCCCCAAAGGAAAUGAAGAGCUGAUCCACAUAAAAACAAUUGGAUUUACAGACGCCUCUGACUGGAUUCCAGUUAUAACCAUUUCCAUUAUUACUGGGCUUUCAGUCUGCAUCUGUUGUGUACCAUUUGUUCGGCAAAAGAUUUUCUCCCUCUUUUCUGCUCUGUUAUUUGGAUGGUAUCCAGAUCCAGCCAACUCUUUAUGGGCAAAAGAGUUUGCAUCUACAAUGGAUGAAUCCAGUUUAAAUUCUACAGAGUUUUUAAGCAACCCAGCCAGAUCUGAAGACCCUCAAACUCUACAAAUAAAGGAAGUCUUAAUUAAAAGACCAUACCUAGCUUUUAUGGAUAUGCACAAUUUCAAAAAUACUGAGAUAGAAGAACUAUCUAUGAGAACUAUGAACUGUGAUUCGUUGACUACCAACAUAAUAGAUAAUACUGGGAACCAUCAGCUGCCAUCUUUGUACAAGAAAGUUGUACCUGAAGAUCCAAACCAAGAUCAAGUAUUUUCUGAGUACUUGGUUAAUCCACUUGAGGAUGCCACAGUAGAUUACUUGCCAACCAUCACACCUGCCAUUAUGGAUCCUGAGGAGGACAACUCUGAAUCUGAAUUCAAUUCAUUACCUCUUUUUCCUAUAACUUCUUUUCGAACAAGUUCAGUUCGUUUUGGUGGAAAACUUACUCUGGAUGCUAUAAGAAUGGACUGCAAUUCUUUCACAGAGAACCCUUUUCAGAGAAGAGAUAUAUAGAAUGUUGUGCAGCAUUAAACACUUUUGGUGGGGAUUGUAGUAGAGUUCAGGUCAAGAGACCAAGCCUCUUAUUUAAGUUCAUGCACAAAAGCUAAGUGCAAUCAAUGUACUUCCAAAUAAAUGUUUA